CCCGGAGGAGGAAGAGGAGGAGGAGGAAGAGGAGGAAGAGGAGGCGGCUCCGGGCCUGGCCGAGCGCUGCCGCGAUGGACAACUCGGGGAAGGAGCGGGAGGCCGUGCAGCUGAUGGCCGAGGCCGAGAAGCGGGUGAAGGGCUCGCACUCCUUCCUGCGGGGGCUCUUCGGGGGUAACACCAGAGUGGAGGAGGCCUGUGAGAUGUACACCAGGGCUGCAAACAUGUUCAAGAUUGCCAAAAAUUGGAGCGCUGCAGGGAACGCCUUCUGCCAAGCAGCCAAGCUGCACAUGCAGCUGCAAAGCAAGCACGACUCGGCCACCAGCUUUGUGGACGCUGGGAACGCCUACAAAAAAGCAGACCCACAAGAGGCCAUCAACUGCUUAAAUGCAGCUAUCGAUAUCUACACCGACAUGGGGCGGUUCACCAUCGCAGCCAAACACCACAUCACCAUUGCAGAGAUCUAUGAGGCCGAGCUGGUUGACAUCGAGAAGGCGAUUGCGCACUACGAGCAGGCUGCGGACUAUUACAAAGGAGAAGAGUCCAACAGCUCAGCCAACAAAUGUCUGCUGAAGGUGGCUGCCUACGCUGCGCAGCUGGAGCAGUACCAGAAGGCGAUAGAAAUCUAUGAGCAGGUCGGAACAAACACGAUGGAUAAUCCUUUGCUGAAGUACAGCGCAAAGGAGUAUUUCUUCAAAGCUGCUCUGUGUCACUUCAUUGUGGAUGAGCUGAACGCUAAGCUGGCGCUUGAGAAAUACGAAGAAAUGUUCCCAGCCUUUACAGAUUCACGGGAGUGCAAGCUAUUGAAAAAACUGCUGGAAGCCCACGAGGAGCAGAACUCCGAGGCGUACACCGAGGCAGUUAAAGAGUUCGAUUCGAUAUCGCGGUUGGAUCAGUGGCUCACAACCAUGUUGCUUCGCAUCAAGAAGUCAAUUCAAGGAGAAGGGGACGGCGACCUGAAGUGAAUUAUUCGUGGUGUUUGUGGCAUGCAGCCUAAGUCAUUUGUUCUCGUGUUACAGCCAAGGACCACUCCAGGAUACGUGAUAAAAUAUCUAGCUUAAUUUUGUUGCUUCUAAGUCCCAAUGACUGUGUGUUUCUUUAGUACCCUGCUCUUUGUUGUGGCAACGUGGGUAGUUGAGAAGCCGUGCUCUGGGUUAUCACUGGCAGGUUUUUCUAAGGUGAAAGGAACACCUCUGGCAGAAAUCUUUGUGUUUUUUUGUUAUUGAUCACCCUGAAGUUUGCACUUAGAACUCCUUUUUUCCCUUCCUGUUCCGUCUUAAGGUUCAAUACCAUUGAAUUGAGCAUGUACAUUUUUGUGCCAGUGCAGUACAAAUAGUAGAUGCUGAUCUGCUGCUGUAUCAUUGUUUCCUGUUUUUAAAUGAACCUCUGCCAGAUACACUUGAAUCUUGUGGUUGUUUUGUUUUGUUUUUUUAACGAUUGAGCUUUUUAAAUGGUGCUAGUGAACAGCUUUGUGACUCCUAGACACAGAUACACGUGUGCUGGAAGCAUCGCACAUCAGAGGGCAGGAGAGCAGACCUAGUUAACCGUGUAUUUUGUAUUUAAGAUCUAAAUAUAAAGUGUAAGGCUCUUCUCUAUUUUCUUGGAUCUAUUUUUCCACUUUGUUCUGUGGCACAGCCCCUGACCCUGCUACCCUACGAUGACUUGACCCACGUAAUAAUAUAUUUUUCUAACUUCUCAUUUAAAUCAGCUCCCGUUGCUGUCUCCUGCAGGUCUUUUGUGUGUGCCAGGCACUGCCCCUUAGCUUCAGUCCCUUUUGCUGUUGACUCAGCUGCCUCGUUGUUGUGACGUGCAGAGGUGUUGGCGGAGGCUUGGCACUGAGCAGGACCCUUGUCUUAUUAGGUGUUUGGGUAACAGAUGGAUGGAGCGUGCUCUGAAGAGAUGUAGGCGCUUUAGAAAUUCUCCUUGUCGUUUUAGAGAUGUGUUUUCAAAUGGCUGCAACCAAAGCUCCUCUGUGCAACGCGUUGUUUGACUAGCACUGAUGAAGCUACCUACAGUCCAGCGUAUAGACUGGCAGACCUGUGAGCCUAUGCAAUCUGUCAGCAGUUGUCACUUGGCAUUUCUCUGCAGUGGAGUGAGACACUAAGAAUGGAGACGUAGCUGCUUUAGCAGCAGUGCUGGUGGUGGCAGCUCUGGUGGGUACUGCUGCAGUUUGGAGUCUGUCUUUUGUUUCUCUCGCUGUAAGGAUUCUGUCUGCUCCUGUCCUGGCAGCCCAUGUGUUGGCUUUCACUGCUCUGUUUUUAUUCUUUAUGUUUAUUGGAGUAGAAAACCAUUCGAUCAACAGACUGACCUAAAAGGGAUCAGUAGUUGUGAAGCAGUACUGUUAUUUCCUGCUUGCUCAAGAAAACCAAAACUCACUGCUGCUUUGCACAUUUGUUUUUUUUCUGACUCUUCUCUCCAGUCACUUCUUCUCCAUAGGCUGUUCUAUGCAUCAGAACAUGGAAGGUGAGACCCAGGAGCUGUGCAGAUCUAGGAUGAGUCCAGUGAGCUGGGAAGAUGCUCGGUCUCCCACACAAUUUCAGUUUCCUCACAUCUCAGGUGUGUUUUUAUGGCCAAUGUCUGGCUGCAACAAAUCCAUCACUGCAGCCUAACUCACCUCAUUUCACAUCUGUCUGUCACAUGGCCUUGCCUAAGAAAGUCUCUGAAUUACAGCUCUGUCUGCUCAUCUUCAUCAGAGUUGCUCAGCCCAUCAGAAACAUGAAAUAAGGGGUUUUUUCCCAGCAUGGCCUGGGGCUGUACCAGCAUCCUCCAUGUGUUCUAUACCCAAAAAUACUGGGCAUGGGCAUAGGACACAGCUAGUGUGAUUGGCAGGUAGAGAAUCUCAGAGCAAGAGUUAGACUGGCUGCAGGUAUGGUCUCAUUUUGUACAAGAGGACCCAAAGAUGGUUUCAUUUGUCUCUUUGCUAAGCAUAGGCACAGCCUAUAGAGAGGUUUGUCUUGACUUGGCUCCAGCACCUUUAUAGCCCUACUGAGGGGAGGUUUUACUUCUGUUAAUGUCACACAGAACCAAGGUGAGCGUUUUAUGCCUUUUUUUUUUGGUUUGUUUUUCCAAUUGUCAGUAUUGUGCACAGCUGUGAUAAGAUGCUUCUGUUGCUGGUGGACCAGAAGACCGUACCCAUGGGUACCCAUAGGGUUCUAUGGUCUGUUACCGUGCUCUGGAGUAAAUAUCAUUAAAAUACAAAUGUUAGUUCUGUAUAAAUAGGCUACAGCAUGACCUCCGGUGUAUCAGUCGUAAACUGUUAACAGUUUUAAAAUGACAAUCUGCCACUCUGCUGUCUUUUUUCCCCCCAGUACACAUACUAUGAGAACUUAUUAAUGAAAUGGCCUUAGCAAGAAUAUGUCUUGUGUGAACCUGUACAUGAAUAAAGUGAAAAUCAUGAACGUA